UACAAGAAUUUUAAUUUUAAUUCAAUAGAUUUGCCUUUAGAUGAGGCUGACAGCUUUGAUAAUCUCUCUCGGUUUUUCCGAGGAUUCCGGUGAGUGGAAUGGAGAAAAAUAUGAGACUACGCAUUUCCUCAAGCACCGAAUAUUGGUGUUGUGACAGAAUGUAGUGCUAUUACCUAGACUGGGUCUCCCAGAUAUGACAGGCUGGCUGCCUGUCAAUCAUCUUAGUUGGAUGACUGUGACCUGCGUGAUACUAACGUUGACAGUGAGUAGCAGCGGGUUUCCUUGCCACCCAAAAUGCAACUGUAUAUGGAGAAAUGGCAAACAAACGGCUGAAUGUCCUAAUCUAGGUUUUGAUAGACUACCCAUGGGACUUGACCCAGGUGUGCAAGUCCUUUAUUUAUCCCGCAAUAAUCUCACCUUUCUACCACCCAAUGGAUUUUUAGCUGCAGGCCUUGUUAAUCUUCAGAGAUUAUAUUUAUCUCGUUGUGGUAUAGAAAUUGUGGAUGAAUAUGCUCUGUACAGAAUAACGAAUUUGAUAGAACUUGACCUCAGCGAAAACCUAUUGCUUCACGUGCCGUCCGUUGCAUUCAACCAUGUGCCCCUACUCCGUCAUCUUUUAUUAAACAGCAACCCCAUUUCUUUCAUUCCGGCUCAAGCAUUUAUUGACCUGAAAGCUCUGACUAUUCUCGAAAUGAGCAACUGCAAGCUGGAAAGUAUUGCUGCGAGAGCUUUUGAAGGUUUAGAAAAAUUAGAAGUUUUGAAAUUAGAUGGCAAUAAUCUCGAAAAUGUUCAUGGUAAAACAAUGCUCCCUCUCGUUUCGCUUCACGGAAUUACUAUCGAUGGUAAUCCGUGGAGAUGUGAUUGUGACCUUAGAAGUCUUCGAUUAUGGUUGGACACUAAUAAUGUGCCAUAUAUCCCUCCUAUUUGUUACAGACCAGUUAGAUUAAAGGGUAGAAGCUGGAGGCAAGUGACUGCUGCCGAAUAUGCUUGUCCUCCCGUAUUCCUCAAUACUACUAGUGCUCGUAAUGUUCUUGAAGGAGAUAAUGUUACAUUGGAAUGCAGAUUAGGAGGAGAUCCAUUACCGGACAUUCAUUGGCUCUGGAAAGGAAGGGUGCUAACAAACAAUUCCGAGCCAAGUUUGUUUAUCUCAAUUUCGCGAGGAGAACGAGAAAAAGUGUCUAGGUUAUUGGUGAUAUCAGUGCACGAUCCUUAUGCUGGAUACUACACGUGUAUAGCUGAAAAUAUAGCAGGGUUGGCUGCAAAAAAUUUUACCAUUAUGAUAACUAGGAAAAAAGUCACUGGAGUUAACGUGAUAGAAGAAGAAAAGACACAGGAAGUUAAAGAAGAAGAAACUCCAAAAGAAGAUACUGGUCCUGUAGCAGGUCUUAUAGUUGGCGUUGUAUUAGGUGCAUUGUUAAUAAUAAUCUGUAUAGCUGUUGGUAUGUACAUAUGUAGAAGACCUCCACCGAUUGGAAAGCGGCUAGAAGUCAAUCACAAAUUGGCUAACUCAGUUAGUCCCGCUACUCCUCAUGUUUCUACAGAGGAUAUGGAUCUUCAGUUAUUAGGAAUUUCACCGCUGCAAAAACCUCCGAGAGGAUACGAAGGCCUUCCUACAUCUGAAGUAGAUAGGCAAGAAGCAUCGAGUGUUAAUGAUAGAACUACUCCCCGUGUUUGGUUAAUGAAAGAAACAAUAUCAAGCGAAAUGAGCGGUGAAACGUAUUCUAGUCCUUCACCAGAGGAAGAAAUUAGAACUGUGCCUGUGCCAGUUCUUCCCGAAAUUCUUCAUGUUAGACUUCACGGUGAACUUAUGGACACAUUAAAAAAGAAAGCCGAUAAAAAGAUCCUCGAACGAGAAAGAGGAGACGGUUCUUCAGAAAUGGAAGUAACCGAUCACGAAUGCAACAAAAUUGAACUUUCUGACGACGGACAACCGAGUAAAGAAACUUCAGAAGAAAGUGGAAGGGAUGAUUCUUCCUCUCCUACAAGUACUAUCACUUCAGAUAGUCAGGAAAGAGCGAGUAAAGUAGAAGGACUAUCACGGGACCGUCCUGCAACAUUUCAGAGGACAGCUGGAGUGUCUUGUGGUUGUGACAGAAACGGUGCCAUACACGUUUGAAAUGUUCUUGUGUAUGUAAUUGUGUUAUUGAUAAUGUAAGACGAAUUUUAGUACAGGUAUAUAUAAUUUAUUAACAAGUGGGAUUUACAUAAUAUUGUGACACAAGUUGAUUUUUAUCUGAAAAAUUUAUUCAAAUGAACAAAUAUGGUUACUAUUAAAAUUAAAUAUGAAAACACGUAUGUUUAGAUGACAAAGAAAGACAUUUAGUUAUAUUAUUUAAAAUAAAAUAUCUUCAAAAUUUCAAUAUAUUGAGAUUCCGGCAGAAAUAUUAAUUAACAUUACAGUUAUAUUUGUGAAAUAAUCUAUUUAAAUGAAGUAGGUUAUUGAAAAUUUGAAAGACUCAUAAAAAAAAUAUGAAUAAGAAAAGGUAUAAUCUAUAUUACAGGAAAUUAUUUAUUAAAAAAAAAACGUUUAUAAAUUAUGGAGUACGAAUCGAGAUAUAUGUUCAGAAAACAUAAAAAGUUUAUAAUAAAGUAUAUUGCUCAAUUAAAUUCGAUAAAGGAAUCAAAAUAAAAUUGAAACAGUAAAAGUUUUUGUUUAGAUAAUGGAUUCGAUAAUUCGGGAAAUUUUCUUGCUGGAUUUUUACGAAGACUAAAAUAGAAAUCUCUCUGUUCUAUAGAGGUGAAUGUGCAACAAAGACAGUGUUCUUAAAUUUAUAUUCUCUAUAAUUGAACACCAUUGGACAUUUUCAGUGACUUUUACGUGUCAAUAUUAUUGAACUGAAACUCAUUUUUGAUCAUUAUCUAAUUGAUAAACAAACAGAAUUUUAUUGUUUUUUAUAAAGAAUCUUGCGAUUUUUCUUCAUUAUAUAUAUUCAUAUAAACUUAAAUUCGAAAUCGUUUGUAGUUUAAAAUAAAAGGAAGUGUUUCUGUUAUCUUCCGAACUUAAUUCAGUUCCUCUCAACUGUUCUGUGUAUGUUGAGACAAAUUGCCAUGAUAUUAAAAACUAACUUGU